UCUCUCUCGUGGACCACCAUUCGCUUCUUAAGUGUCACUGAUCUGUGACAGUGUUUCUGCUCACACAAUAGCCCUUGAGUCGAUAAUUGGAUCUCCUAUUUGAGUUGGACUUCCGUUGAUUUUUGUCGCGGUGUUAAGAGCUGCGCAGCCGUCGCAAUGUAUAAUCCUUACCAACCCCCCGGCAUGUAUGGCCGUCCGCCGGAUUAUGGUGUCUAUCCUGGAGCACCUCCAGGUAUGGCACCUCCACCAGGAUUGGCUGCUCCUGGCACAGCUCCCCCGGGAUUACAGCAAGCCAAUAUGCAACAGCCUGGCCGACCGGCCGGAUUCCCCCCAAACUUCCAACCGCCACCAAACAUGCCCAACAUCAAUUUCUCCGCUCCGGUAAUUCGACUCGGCACCUCGGGCCCAUCGAAAUCAGCUACUCCGGAUGCUAGUAAAGAGCGUGGCGGAGAUGCGGGUAGACGGGCGGGCUUGGGGGCUUCAAGCUUGGAGUCUCAGCGCCAGAACGUGCGGGAUGCGAUGAUGCAGCUACAGCCCCCUACUAGGGAUGAAAUAGUCAGGACUAUAUUCGUCGGAGGGAUCACAGAGGGCUUGGGCGGUGACGAAGGUGUUGAAAGAAUCCUGCGGUCAGCGGGGAAUCUAAGACGCUGGAUCCGUGCCACGGAUGCCGAUGACAAGCCGUGCAAGUUCGGUUUCGCAGAGUACGAGGACCCUGAGAGUCUAGGUACAGCUGUGGAAGUGCUAAAGGACGUGCAAGUCCCUGUGAAAAGGCAGACGCCGUCCGACUCAGAGGUUAAAGAAGAACGUGAAGUGGAAAAGAGCACACUUUUGGUUGUUGUUGAUGAGAGCUCGCUUACGUACUUGGAACAGUACGAAGCUUCCAGAGGCAGUCAAGAUCCGGCCGAGCGCCAGUCUAAGCUGGAUGCCGCAAAAAAGGCGCUGGAAGGUGUGCUACAUGACCUUUUUCAUCCUACAUCGCCUACUCAGAGAGAGAAUGCUUCGGCCGUUGAUCGGGAAGGAGACACCUCGAUGAAGGAUGCCGAGGGCCAGGACGGUACGUCCGCUGAAGUUGUCACCAUACCAAUUACUGUCGAGGAUGAAUUGUCCGAUAUCCCACCCGACAUGCGAGAAACAGUUGCCAAAGAGAUUGCCGCCUUUCGCGACAGAAGUAAUCGCCGAGAUAUCGAACGUCUGAAGAGAGAGGAAGAAAUUGAGUCUCUGGAGAGAGCUCGCAAUUCUGGUGGCAGAGUCAAUCGUCUCGCCUCCCCGCCUGCUUCAGCACCAAGUGGGCCUGCUGCCGGAGCAAAUGGGAUUCCCCUGGGUGGGCGAGACCGCGGGAUGCCCAAUGCACCAUCUGGUCCAAAGGGAUUCGGCGUUCAAAUUCCAAAGGACUACCAGAAGGGUGUUUCAUUCGUUAACGGGGGUUCGGUGAACGGCGCUCCUACAGUUUAUAUUGAUCAUGAAGAUGAGAAUACGGACGCCGACGAUGAGGAACUUGAACGACGACGCCAGGCCAAGCGCGAAGCGGAACUCGAAAAGCAAUUCCUCGAUCAGGAGCGGCGCUGGCUUAACCGCGAGAGGAGUCGAACUGCCGCCUUGGAGCGUGAGAAGAAGCGAGAUCAGGAGGAAGAGGACAGAGCUCAAGAAGUGCGCGAUGAAGCAGACAAGCGGCUGAGUGAGUGGAACGACGAUGUUGAGGCUAGCCGGAAAUCUAGCGAGUACUACGCCGACCGGGGUGCUUGGCUGCGUAGUCGAGCAGCCUUCCGAGCGCGCGAGAUCAGCAUGGACGAGGCGGACCGUGCAGCAGAAGAGCGGGAACGAGCACGAUCUAUCCAGCAGAGAGAACAGGCUCGCGGUAUGGCGGACGACUUCCUUGCGCGCCAGGCGGAAGAGCUGGAAACCAGGAUGGAAGCCCCGCGGGAGCCACAGCGCUUCAAGCUUUCCCUUGGAGCUGCCGCCCAGAAGGCCCAGGCCGCCACCAGCCGCCGCACUGUUGCCGAAGUCGAAGGAUUAUUGGAGGACGAAGAAGAGCCUCAAGCUACGGCCAGACGACCUCUUAUUCCGAUCAAAUUCGACAGCGCAGCCGAAGCGGCUGGACUUACCGAGGAAGAGAGAGCCCAAGCCGCGCGACAACUCGCUGCAGAGAUCCCCACGGACAAAGACGGACUAUGGAAGUGGGAAAUCAAGUGGGAGUUUGUGGACGAGUCUGUUGUCAGCGAGCAGCUCAAGCCAUUCGUGGAGAAGAAGAUCGUGGAGUAUCUGGGUGUUCAGGAGCAGAUGCUGGUGGAUGUAGUAGAAGAGCAUGUUCGCAAGCGUGGAAAUCCUCAGGAGCUUGUGGAACAGCUGGAAGAGGCACUCGACGAAGAAGCCGAAGUCCUUGUCCGGAAGCUAUGGCGGAUGAUCAUUUUCUUUUCCGAAAGCGAGAAGAGAGGCCUCUCGGGAUAAUUGCGAUGCGCUGGGUUUUGUCUACAGCGAUGCGUUGGUGGUGGAAUAUGAAUUUUCGAGCCCCCCCAUGCUACUUCGAUCUUUUCAUAACUUCAUGCAGCGCAUGAAGUUAUAACUCCAGAAGCUGUCAGGGGAUAUACUCUGUACUUACGUAGUAGUAUAUCGGAGAGGGUCCGAUAGCCUGGAACCUCGCGGGAUUAUUUCUCAGUGCUGGAAAUAGU